UGUUAUUUGAAUGGUCACAACAUAGGAUUUCGUUCACAGACUCAAGGUUACAACUAUAUUAAUUUUCUCCAUACCUAAAGCAAGGAGUAAGAGAGUUAAGAGAUAUUUUUUUUAAUAAUUAAUAAAACAAUUCAAGGGAGUGCACUGUAGCAUUUCUGUCGUGUUGUGAUGAUAUAGUUUCCCACAUCUUUUAAGUGAUGUAUUGCAUGUAUUUUAACAGUGGAAGAAAUAGGCUGCUAUAAAGAUAACCCCCAAAGCAGAACGUUUCCGCUGGUUGUGAAAAACCUUCGAUCUGAAAUAGAUUGGUAUCACCUUGAGAAAACUGUUCAGAAAUGUGCCUUGCUAUCCAAACAGAGAAACUACAAAGUAAGUCACUUAUAAUGCUAGUGGACUUUGUCCAAAAUUCAGCUACUUCAGAAAUUAUCAUGAUUAGUUGAAUUGAGUAGACAGGCUAAAUAAGAUCGCCGAGAUAAGUGUUUAAUCACGCAUGGAUAUGAGUGUGACUGAUAGUAAAAAAGAGAGGAUAAAGGGGACAGAGGAGGCAUCCUCCAUACACACCCUAUUCCGUAAGAUUCGUCUCGAAAUAUUUUUAGAAUAGGGAUAAAGUUACCUCGCGCGCUACGUGGAUGUUUCGUGGAGAUUUCGCAUGACUAAAGGCCGUGCAAAACAUGUCGGGCGAAAGGCAAUGAAAGCUUAAAGAGAUCGAGAGCAUUCCUGAAUAUUGAAGGGAAAUUAGUCGGCGCUCACCUGGGAAAAGGGAAUCGCUGGCUUUUGACAACCCGUGAAAUCAGUUUAACUCGAAGUUGUCGUAACCUCAGUGCUUUAAUAAAAUGAGAAAUUUCGCCGGUCUAUUGAAACCGGUCGUUUGUACAAUAAAGCAAUUAGGACGCAAAGUGUUAUUGUUGUUGAAUAAUCAAAGACUAAUAUAAGAAUAAAUAUCAAAACAGAAAAAGCUCUCUUCAAACUGUAAAUUAUAAAUGAUCCCGAGAGAAUAUUCAGUCUGUUAAAGAUUUCCCUGCGGUACUGUUAGCUCUAUACAAGUGAGGAAGGGCGAUUCUUUUUUAAUUUCCGUUUCGCUGACACAGCUUUAGCAGAAAUCUCUCUGUAGUCGUUUUCGUCGACAAAACGAAUAGUAAUAUCGCACUCUGCGUCUUCCGCCAUUUUGUUCUUCGUCAAUUCGUGAAGGACGCGUGCUUCUGAGCGUGGGUCAUCCACACGGAACACAUUCGCGCUAUGUGAUUGUCUAAGACUAUCUUCAUACCAUAACGGAUGGGUUUUCGUUGGGCAACCAAAGCUAUCCUGUAUAGCAUGAACACCUAUCCGAUAAUGAGGGUUAAAAACUUUCGCGCAAUGAAAUAACUUACUUAAGGUUGAUUUCCACUCAUGCGUUUUUGGCUACGCACGUUAACGCACGUAAAUUUUAAUCACUUUAAUAAAACAGAGACAAAAUAUAAAGUGUUGAGAUUAAACGUGAAGUUUAACGAGGUUCUACUUUUUACGCUUACGUACGACCUUUCAUGCAGUGCCUCUAUUUUAUUUGCGAACGUAAAUUUUACCCACAUACGCACGUAAAAAUUACGCGACAGUGGAAAUCAAACCUUAGGCUAGCAACUUGUAUAGUUAAACUGUUGACAAUCAAAGAUUACUGGAGUGCUCUCGUGAUUUCGUUUAAGAUAAGUAAACCGUUUCUCAGCAAAAGGAACUUUAAGUGAACAUUGCAGUUUAUCCAGGUUCAAAUUACCGCUGUGUUUGUUCUCUUGUGGAAGUCCUCUUUCCCGGUAAAAUGAGCUACGUGCAAACGGACACAACAACUCCCAACAUUGUUGGCUGUCAGGAAUUGUUGCGUCCGUGUGGGCAGUAGUAGGGAACUUAAGAUGGAGACGUUUUCGGGGCGACGGCAACUUCGACCGGACGUGACGUCAUGAUUUGUGCACUUUUGCACAUGCUCUUGCUCAACACAUUGCCGUCGUGCUCCCGUCGGCGACGUGAAACUGGUCUAUGCGCGUGCGUGGCCCCAACAAUGUUAAAAGAGCUGUGCAAACGCCUCCAAGCUACGGCGAUCACAGGAAAAAAAGAAAUGUUGGGAGUUGUUCGCUCAAAAGUUUAACCGGUUGCAAACUUUGCGCAAAAACUCCCAAUCGACAACAUGCAAUAGGGUGUGCAAAAGGUUCUAACGUGUAACAUCCAACAAUGUCACGAAAAAAAUGUCACAAAUUUGUAAAAACGGAUGAGUAAAUGUGGGGCAUAGACGUUGAAUGCCACAUUUGCCUAGUUAUUUACACCCCCAGUUUUAUGGUAUGCAAAUAUGACAUUUACCAUUUUUCAGCCCAUAUGUAGUCCUCCGUUUUAACAAAUUUGCCACAUAUUUGUAAGGAGCGAAUUAGUGCAAAUCCAUUUUUUCGUCCAGUGUGGCCAACAAUGCUGCGUCCGUUUGCGCGGGGGUUUUUAUCAUAAACAAAAUAACACUCAAUCAGCCUUCGCUUAGAAUACCUUCGUACGUGAAGCGCAAUACGAUAACAAUAAAUCCAUGCAGUGCGUGGAAAUGAUAACGAGGACAACUAGGGUCCACUUAGCGACCAUUCACUGACCAGCGCGCCCGAGGUUUCUGGGCACGAAAUUAAGCCUGAAAGUACUCUUAACGGAGAAAAAGUGUGUUAUUUCACAAAAACGAGAAGCUGAAUGAGUAAAAUUAGAGUUACCAUCUUCUUUUCAAUACUAUCUGGUUGCGUAAGGCCCCACUCCUGUCUUCAGAGGUCAGUUGUCGAAAUUAAAUUCCUAGAGUGAAAUAGGGCGUGCAUGCUUCGCGGCGGACUAUCCUAAUCUCUGGCACCCAGAGUAUUGCUUGAGCAGUUUCAAAUACAAAUAUAACAGUACACAGAACAUAAAUGAGAAAAAUGUAGAGGAGCUCUGUCUUCUAUUCUGUUCUGAGUUACCUGUUUCUGAGUUAUGUGAAAUUUCUCGUGUCUUAUCAAGGAGCCUCUGAAGUCACGCUUUCGUGAGCAUAAUUCUUAGAAACCUAGAAUUAUUUUGCAAUCAUUCUCAGAAGGUAGACAUCGUCAAAACAUGUCAAAAUAACACUUUGUCAUUGGUUGAUGUCAUAAGCUUAUUACAAUAUCACAUACCAAGCCCACUGAUCAGACUUCAGAGACUUCAUAUGACUGCUCGGUUCUUGAGUCUAUUUCUGCCAUUUAACAUGGAUAUCAAAACCUUGCUAGAUAAUCUGCAUGAAGAGGUUUCUUGUACUGUUUGUAUGUGCAAGUUCACAGACCCAAAACAGUUACCUUGCUUGCACAGCUUUUGCCUUCACUGCCUGAACGGGAUUCAACGAACGAGUGCCAACCCCAAUGUGAUUGCGUGCCCUGAAUGCCGACAGGAAUUCAUAGUCCCUGAGAGUGGCAACCUCCAGGCUUUGCCUACAAACUUUCGUAUCAACAGUCUGCUCGAUGUUUUGGCCAUAAAAGAGUGCAAUACAAGCGGUGUGAAGUGUGGAAAUUGCGACAAAAAGAGUGAACAAAGCUUUUAUUGUUUCCAGUGCUUUGAAUUUUGGUGCGAUAGCUGCAUCGUUUUGCAUAAUGGCAUCAAAGCUAAUAAAGAACACCAUGCGCUCGCUCUGAAAGAAUUUCAAGAUCAGGACUUUGAGAGCAUUUUAAAGCGACCAGCAUUUUGUGGAAAACCAGGCCAUGAAAGGAAGGAAUUGGAAUUCUUUUGCAAGACUUGUGAAGCUGCCAUUUGCUAUUCAUGCAUCGCAACACUUCAUGAAGGCCACCCCAAGAUACUUCUAGACGAAGCUGCAAAUGAACGCAAGUUACAUGUUAAGGCUGCUAUUGACUCUCAGAAACAGAGAGCUCUUCAGAUGAAGAGAGAUAUUGCAAGAAUUCAGGCUAACCGCGAGAACAUUCAAGCUCAGGUCGAUAGGGUGAAGAAAGAUGCACAAGUGUUUGUUGACAGUAUGAUCGCUGUCCUGGAGGCGAAAAAGCAGGAAAUAUUUAAUGACGUAGAAAAGAAGGCAAAAGAAACUCUCCAGCUCCUGGGAACUCAAAAGUGCGAAGUGGAAAGUCUGUUAAAAUCGAUUGAGACAGAAAUCGAGAAAGGUGAACAAAUCUUAAAACGAAGAACGAGUGCCGAAAUUACAAAACUGGACACCACCACAAUCUUUCAAGGUGAUGGGGAUGAUGGGGGUCAUGUCGAAUGUCACCUUGAAAAUCUUCGCCACUUUGUUUUCAUACAAAACGAAAUGAUAAUGAACAAAGUGAACUGUGGAGGGAUUGGGUCAUUCAGAGGUUUUCUUAGCAAGACUGUCGCACAACAGUCAAGUGCCGCGGGUAAAGGAAUCAAGGAAGCAACCGUUGGACUAAAAGCAGACAUUGUUGUGAUAACAAGAACUGCCGAUGGAGUUCAGUGCUAUGAGGAGCGUGACUUUGUGAAAGUGGAAAUAAGAAAUCGUCAAGGACAUGACUGUGCCACGAAAGUACUGGUGGGAGAUAACAAAAAUGGUACUUAUAAGAUCAGCUACUUUGCCAAAGAAACAGGAACAUGUGUGGCAUCAGUGAAGGUGAAUGGAGAACAUAUUCAAGACAGUCCUUUUAAGGUCCAAAUCAAAGCCAGACAGUACAAGCCUGUGUUGAGUUUCGGCCAAGAGGGUUCUUCUUUUGGAAGAUUUAAUCAGCCCUGGGGAGUUGCAGUUAAUGAACACGACGAAAUAGCAGUCACUGACAGGAAAAACCAUAGAGUACAGAUCUUUGAUGCGGCGGGAUCCCUCUUAAGAUCCUUUGGCUGCAAAGGUGAUCAGGAGGGAGAAUUUAACGAACCUUGUGGGAUUGUUUUUUAUGAUGAUAAAAUUGUAGUGGUGGAUCGUAAUAACCACCGAGUCCAAGUCUUAAGCGCACAAGGUGAGUUUCUUUACCAGUUUGGGGGCGAAGGAAAUCUUGAUCACCAGCUUAACCUCCCUCUUGGUAUAUCAAUAGACUAUGAAGGCAAUUUUAUCGUUGCUGAUUCACGUAACAAAUCUAUUAAGGUAUUUUCUCCAAGGGGCCAUUUUCUGCGCAAAAUUGGCACAACUGUCUCCUGUCCCUUUCACUGUAUUCAACAUGACAACUAUCUUGUACUGUCGGACUAUGAUGAAAAUUGUGUUCAAGUUUUAAAUGUGGAGGGAGCGGUUAUGUGUAAGUUUGGAGCAGGUUAUGGAGACAGGGAGUUCAAUUCACCUGAUUGUUUAUCAGUUACCAAAGCAGGACAUUUGAUUGUCUGUGAUGGGGGUAACCACAGGGUACAGGUGUUUGAAAUAAGUGGAAAGUUUGUAACUAAGUUUGGAAGCUAUGGUAGUGGCAAAGGAAAGCUUAAUGUACCAGUUUCAGCAGCAGUCUUAAGCGACGGUAAGAUAGUUGUCUCUGACUUCCUUAACCACCGUGUUCAGAUAUUUGGAUAA